AUGGGCUUCGACCCGUCGCGCUUCGCGGUGCCGGUGGCGGCGGAGCUGCAGUGCAAGCUGUGCGGGCGGGUGCUGGAGGAGCCGCUGUCCACGCCGUGCGGGCACGUCUUUUGCGCCGGCUGCCUGCUGCCCUGGGCGGCGCGGCGGCGGCGGUGCCCCCUGCGCUGCCAGCCGCUGGCGGCCGCCGAACUGCGGCCAGUUCUGCCCCUCCGCAGCCUCGUCCAGAAGCUGGAGGUCAAGUGCGACUACAGUCCGCGGGGCUGCGGGCGCACCGUGCGGCUGCGAGAGCUGCCCGCCCACCUCGCGGCGUGCCGCUACGGGCCGCCGCCGCCCGGCCCCGCCGCGCCGCAGCUCCCCCGCCCCGGCCGCUCGGGGGGCGGCUCCGCGGGGCAGCCGCGGCGGCCCAAGCCCGGGCCGGGGGCGGGCGGCGGCCCGGAGCCGGGUCUCGAGGCGAAGAGGGAGGCCCUGCGCUGGGGCAAGAGGGAGAAGUCCCUGCUGGCGCAGCUCUCGGCGCUUCAGAGCGAGGUGCAGCUGACGGCGCGGCGGUACCAGGCGAAGUUCGGACAGUACAUGAGCCACAUCAGCAGCAUCACCCGGGACCUGGCGGGCGGCCAUCGAGAAGGAGGACAACCCAAACCAUUAACAAUCAUGCUACACCGAGAAAAUGAUACUUUGGGUUUCAAUAUUGUAGGAGGACGACCCAAUCAGAACAAUCAGGAAGAACCUGCUGAGGGAAUUUACGUGUCAAAGAUUUUGAAAAAUGGACCUGCAGACAAAGCAGAAGGCCUGCAAAUUCAUGACAAGAUUAUCGAGGUCAAUGGGAAAGACCUCUCUAAGGCCACUCAUGAAGAGGCCGUGGAAGCUUUUCGCAAUGCCAAGGAGCCAAUUGUAGUUCAGGUUUUACGACGAGCCCCAAUUAGCAAAGCUCAUGAUAGCUCUCAGGAUGUUCGGCUUGUGGAUGCCAGCACUCAGACUGACAUCACUUUCGAGCAUAUUAUGACUCUGGCCAAACUAAGGCCCUGCACACCACCAGUUCCUGAUAUCUGCCCUUUUCUACUUUCAGACAGCUGCCAUUCUCUUCACCCAGUGGAGCAUGAAUUUUAUGAAGGUAAUGAGUAUCUUUCCAGCCUGCCUGUUGAUGCAGAUAGAGCAGAGGACUUUGAGUAUGAGGAGGUGGAGCUAUGCCGCAUUAGCAGCCAGGAGAAGCUGGGGCUGACUGUGUGCUACAGAACCGAUGAUGAGGAGGACACAGGGAUCUAUGUCAGCGAGGUUGAUCCAAACAGCAUUGCUGCCAGAGACGGCCGGAUCCGUGAAGGAGACCGCAUUUUGCAAAUAAAUGGCCAAGAUGUCCAGAAUCGGGAAGAGGCAGUGGCGUUGCUCUCCAGCGAAGAAUGCAAGAAAAUUGUGUUGCUGGUCGCGAGACCGGAGGUUCAGCUGGAGGAAGGGUGGCUGGAUGAUGAAAGGAAUGAAUUCUUGGAGGAGUUAAACUUGGAAAUGUUGGAAGAGCAGCAUAACGAAGUGAUGCAGUACACAGCAAAUGAGGUGGAGCAGCCAAAGAAACUUGAAGAGGAGGAUGGCACUACAGACACUGCAACCUCAUCGUCCAACAAUCAUGAGAAGGACAGUGGAGUGGGACCUACAGAUGAAAGUCUACGUAAUGAUGAGAGCUCGGAGCAAGAAAAUGUACCUGAGGAGCAGAACAGUGCUACCCUGCAGAGCAAACGGGGGCUGGGCCACAGCCAAGAUACUUUAGGAAGCGUUGACCUCCAGUGCAACGAAAGCUUUGUGUCUGGGGAAUACAUUGAAUCUGAUUUCAUAGGAAACCCAGAGGAGGAAUGUGAAAGGUUUCGACAGCUGUUGGAACUGAAGUGCAAGAUUCGAAACCAUGGGGAGUAUGACUUGUAUUACUCAAGCAGCAUGAUCGAGUGCAACAGAAGAGAGCAAGAUGGAGUGGAGCAUGAGCUACAGCUACUCAAUGAGGAGCUGAGGAACAUUGAACUUGAAUGUCAGAAUAUUAUGCAAGCUCACCGGCUCCAAAAGGUGAGGGAUCAGUACGAAGACAUUUGGGCUUUACAUGAUGAAGGGUUCAGGAAUUAUAACACCAGCAUAGAUGUACAAAGAGGCAAACUGGAUGACAUCAUGGAGCACCCUGAGAAGUCUGACAAGGACAGCUCCAGCGCCUACAACACAGCUGAAAGUUGCAGGAGCACUCCACUGACAGUGGAGCGAUCCCCUGAUAAUUCUCUCCAGAGAAUGAUCAGUAUAACCAAUAGGAAAAACUUGAGGAGCACAGUCGUGGCUAAUCAGUCAUCCUCAGGACACAGCAACAAGGAAACAACCUCAGCCAAAACCAAACCCAUUGAGCAAAACAGUGCUGCUGAGAAUGCAGUAGUGGCAUCAGAAAGCGGGAAAUUCACAGACCAGGAAAAGCAGAGUGGUGAGCACAUUCCCUACCUGUCUCCAUAUCACAGCUCUUCUUACAGGUAUGGGAAUAUACCUGCUCAUGCAAAGCACUAUCAGAGCUAUAUGCAGCUGAUCCAGCAGAAGUCUGCUGUGGAGUACGCCCAAAGCCAGCUCAGCCUGGUGAGCAUGUGCAAGGACUCCCAGAAGUGUGCAGAGCCCAAGAUGGAAUGGAAAGUGAAAAUAAGGAGUGAUGGGACGAGGUACAUUACAAAGAGACCAGUUCGAGACAGAAUCCUGAAGGAACGUGCCUUAAAAAUUAAAGAGGAGCGCAGCGGGAUGACGACGGAUGAUGAUACAAUGAGUGAGAUGAAGAUGGGUCGCUACUGGAGCAAAGAAGAGCGGAAGCAGCAUUUGGUGCGAGCUAAGGAGCAGAGGCGGCGGCGGGAGUUCAUGAUGAGGAGCAGGCUGGAGUGUCUUAAGGAAAGCCCACAGAGUGGCAGUGAGGGCAAAAAGGAAAUAAACAUCAUUGAACUGAGUCACAAAAAGAUGAUGAAAAAGAGAAACAAGAAAAUCUUGGACAACUGGAUGACAAUCCAAGAACUGAUGACACAUGGUGCUAAAUCUCCAGAUGGCACAAGAGUGCACAAUGCCUUUUUAUCAGUUACUACUGUAUGA